AUUUUACAAUAUUACUUAUCUUGGUGAUUAUCCCAUUUUUUUCGUGGGCUUCUACUAUCGUUGACUAUUAAAUUAUCCCAAUAGCUGAUUCCUUUGAUUUUGCUUUAUCUUUUAUCCCAUCCCGAGAUUCGUUCCCUUAUAUCGGUUAGGUACGUAUCUGAGCUAUUUGAUUUUCUAUCAAACUCGAAGAUUCUUGGUAUGUGAAUUCGUUCUGGGUUUUGAUAAUUUUUCUCUUGUUAUUUAUCUGGGUCCUAUAAAAAAUCAAUUCUAGUUUAAUUCUCAGAGAAUAGUUCGUUCAACUUGACUCUGGGAAUCAAAGUAAUUAAGGUGCAAUGGCAGUUACUACAAAACAAAUGUCAUUGAUUGUGGGAGCCCUUGGCGCUUUGUCCUUCAUAUUUGGUGUUAUUGCUGAAAACAAGAAGCCUGCAUCUGGAACUCCAAUAACAGGGAAAGACGUAGUUAUCUGCAAGUAUCCAGCGGACCCCACAGUUGCCUUGGGCACAAGUUUCUUUGUGUUUUUCCUUAUAGCUUUGGGUUCAACUGGAUUGGCAGCUACAAUGCUGUUGUGGCCCACGAUAACAGAACACAAACACCUUGUGAGUAAUGUCCAUUAUAACCUUGAAACAACCUGUCCUACAGCCAAAACCGGGUUGCUUGGUGGUGGUGCUUUUUUAGCUCUUGAUUCGGCUCUUUUCUGGUUGGUUUCACUUAUGUUGGCUGAUAAUGCAAGGGAAGACUACUUUGAUGAUGUUAAAGGAGGUGAUGAUGCUGAUGCAGUCAUUAAGGGCAGUGCUUAAAACUUAAAAAUAGUUGCUUUAUUCUGUUUAAAUGUGUUUCCAUCAAGUGGAGUUUAAAUGCAAGUAAAAGGUGGUCUAAAUUGAACACUGUAAAUGAUUAUCUAUUGGUGAAAAAUAUGUCUGGGUUUUAAAGUUUGUGGUU